UUGACCAGCAACGAGGAAAGGACAUGCAACGGCGACCGUCGUCCAAGCAGCAGCAUCCGCUCGAUGGAGGAAGGAGCCACUGGGACCCAAGCACGCCCCUUCUAGACCCAACGACGGCAUCCCAUCAUCCGCCUUACCACAGCGUCGUGGUCGACGUGGACAAGGUGCGGGCACCUUCCGGUGGUAGUAUCAAUGCCUGUCCUGCGGGAGGCGACGAACGAUGGACCCAUAGCACAAAUCCGUUGCCCACGUUCACAGUAGAGGAUGCGAAGAGCAUGGAAUGGGACUACGCGCACGUUGUCGUGCGUAGUUCCAGUCACUCGUCCAUGUCUGGAAGUUGUGGAGGUGGCGGCUCCGAGUUUGAGCAGCUGGAUGUCGAAGACAACGAGGAGCUUGGGGUGCUCCUCGAUCCUUUUUACGACGUCACCACUGGUCGUCUCCGCCGUAUGUUUCGACACUUUGCCCCCCAUGGCGAAGAAAAGGUGUCGUACGACGCCUUUCACAAAGGACUGCUCGCGCUGGGGAUUUCACCCCCGUCAGACAUCCCUUUUGACGUGUUUGUUCAAAAGAUCGACUUUGAUCACGACGGGAUGGUCAGCCUGGACGAGUUCAUCCAUGUGGUUCAAAUGAUCAAGCAAGCGCAUCUGUUCAAGCCCGAGCACGUGGCGCAAGAGGACAAGUUUCCCACCUCCAAGAACAACAUGAUCACCACAUCCUUCUCCUCGUCCUCCGACUUCUGCUUUCCCCUACCUCCGUCCUCCCCCGUCAUCGUCCUCCCGUCGCCGCUGAGCGUCCCCGCGUCCCCCAUGAUCCUUCGCGUCGUGGACUACUCCCCCACGUCUAUCCACACGGUCGCGCCCGUCACGAAGCUGCAGUCGUUUAUGUUUUCUUCCAAACCACACUGGGCCAAAGUGCGCUGGGUGCACGUCGCCGGCUUCAAGCGCGUCGACGACGUCAACUUGCGCCGCCUCGCCAUCAAGUACCAGCUCCAUCCGCUGGCACUAGAAGACUGCUUGAACCAUGACGACAUGGUCCGGUGCAAGUACGAGCACUACGAGGACCACGCGUUUUUAUGUGUGCCGGUGAUCCGUCCAUUGGACGGGCUAAAGAAGAAGGACAUGGAGACGUACAUCAACCGCCACCGGUACGACUUGUACGCCAAGGAUCAAGGGCGUGCGAUGUUGUCGAGGCAACUUCGCAACCAAAGCUACUGGAACACGACUGUCCGUCGGGGUUCACUCGGUGGGUUUGGCGAUGAGCACCUAGCUCCGCAACGACCGACCAAAGUCGUCGACAAGGCCAGCAAGAAACGCCAGCUCGAGGAGACGCUGGACAAUUUGAAACUGCUCAUGCGCAAGCCCCAACAGCUGUGCAUCUUUAUCCACAAGCACGGGAACGUGAUCAGCGUCCAAGAAGAGAGCGACGUCGACACGGUCGCGGGGUUCCAGCUGUGGCAGUCCGUGUUCAACAACCAGAUGGGCAAGUCGUACUCCAAGAUCCGCAACCAUGACGCACACUUCCUUGUCAUGUCCAUGUUGAACGCUGUCGCAGACGAAAUGCGCCCGCUCGUGCACGUCAUGGAGGUGCAGCUCACGACAUUGGGCAAACUGCUGCGCGUCGAACGCACGAAAUUCAACCCCAAACGCCUCACCAAGACCAAAAAGUCUCUGCUCGCAAUUGACAAAAUCGUCAAACCAUUGGUGGACCUCGUGGAAGGCCAACUCAUGGACCAAGACGAGUUCAACAAGGGCGAAGUGCGCAAUUACCUCCGGGACGUCCGCGACCACUUGAAGCAAAUGGCGGUCAGUUUGAAGGAGUCGCUCCAGACGCUGGCGGAACUCGUGGAAGAAGACAAGCAGAUCCGAGCCAAGCACAAGGACGACGUAUUGUACAUCAUGUCCAUCUGCGCCACACUGUUCCUCCCGGGGACGUUCAUGACGGGUCUCUACGGCAUGAACUUUGACAACAUGCCCGAGCUGCACACCGAGUACGGGUACUUUGUGUGGUGGGCAGUAUUCCUCAUGAUCGUCACGACCUUGUUUACGUUUCUCCGGUUUGUAAAACAGUGGAUUUAAGCAUAAUAAUACCCCAUAACAGUUAGAAUAGCAC